AUGGAACCAGCAGAACAAGUAGGAUAUUUUGGAGGUGAAUAUGGAGGUGCUUUCGUACCCGAAGAGUUAAAGACAAAGGUACUUGAUAGACUAUGGACAGAGUUUUUAAAAUAUAAAGAAGACCCAGAGUUUAUCAAAGAGUUGGAUUAUUACUUUAAGGAUUUCGUCGGUAGAGAAUCUCCUCUUUACUUUGCUCAAAAUUUGACUGCUAAACUUGGUGGUGCAAAGAUUUAUCUUAAACGUGAAGAUUUAAAUCAUACUGGUUCACACAAGAUUAAUAAUGCAAUUGGACAGAUUCUAUUGGCCAAGAGAAUGGGUGUCAAGAGAGUGAUUGCAGAGACUGGAGCUGGACAACACGGUGUUGCUACUGCAACUGCAUGCUCGCUUUUAGGAGUAGAGUGUGUUAUUUAUAUGGGCAAGUUGGAUACUGAGAGACAAGCUUUGAAUGUCUUUAGAAUGGAGUUGCUCGGUGCUAGAGUGGUGUCGGUCGACCAGGGACAGGGACGUCUCAAGGAUGCUGUCGACGCUGCUUUGGGCGACCUCCUUGCCAACUUUGACAAUACAUUCUAUCUCUUGGGAUCGGCUGUUGGACCACACCCAUACCCAACCAUCGUUCAACACUUCCAAUCUAUCAUCUCUAAAGAGUCAAAGAGACAGAUUUUAGAGAAAGAGGGUAAGCUUCCAACGGCUGUGGUUGCAUGCUGCGGUGGGGGUUCCAAUGCUAUUGGUGCCAUGUACGAGUAUUUGGCAGAUCCAUCCGUUCGGUUGAUCGGUGUUGAACCUACAGAGUCUGCAUCGCUCACCUACGGUGUACCAUUUGUGUUGCAUGGAUUCAAGUCGAUCUGUUUGGUCGAUGAGAAUGGACAACCCAAACCAACCUUUUCGAUUGCCUCUGGACUCGACUAUCCCUCAGUGUCACCCAUCCACGCACAUCUCAAGACUAGCGGACGUGGAGAGUAUGUCACCGUGUCUGGUGAGGAAGCUCUCGAGGCCUUCCAAGUACUCUCCAAGUCCGAGGGCAUCAUCCCAGCUUUAGAGUCAUCCCACGCAGUUGCCCAUAUCAUCAAAUUGGCUCCACAACUCAGCAAGGACGACAUUAUCAUCGUCAAUCUAAGUGGUAGAGGCGACAAGGAUUGCGAAGCACAGAAUGAAUUUCAACAUGAACUUGGUUUAAUGAUCGUACAAGUUUAUGGAUCACCAGUAGCUUAUUUUGGGUCAAAAGCAGCUUUGAAGAAAGCAAAGAAACUUUACUAUAACAAUGUAUUGCGUUUUUUGCAGAACCCCAAUUUGGAACCAGAAGGAAAAGUAGACACAGAUGACGAUGCAACAUGGGAAAUAAAUAUGCAACUUGAUCAAUUGGUUGACGAUGCUCUAUGUGAAAUCACUGGUGGGGAUAACCUGUUCAACAUGGAUUUACAUAUGAGAAUGUAUGCUGCAAGAACAAAAGCACAAAAAAUUAAUUACCGGCUUGAAGAAGAUAAUCAAAAACAACAACCUAAACCACAACCGAGACGACAACAACAACAACCAAAAGUAAAUCAACAACAACAACAACAACAACAACAACAACAACAACAACAACAACAACAACAACAACAACAACAAGAAAAACAACAAGAACCUCAAAAUCCACCAUCAGUCGAUAAUCAAAUUUCAAAAUUGGAUGUAGGACGACGAUCUUUGGUACAACCACCACCUUUUGUUUUUGGAUCUAAUACCGGCGGAGAUAGUGGAACUACCUCAUCUUUGAUCGGUAGUAGUGCAAACUAUACUAUUGCCAAAUCACAACCAAAAAAGAAUCCAUCAACUAUAUUCCAACCAAUGACAAUCACGCCAUUAUUGUCACCUCCUCUUGAAUUAGACCUAGACUUCAAUUUUCACUCUUCCACUUCUUCCACCACCUCCUCCUCCUCCUCUUCUUCUUCUAUGGCUAAACAACAUUAUGACAAAUCACCUCGGACGAAUGGGAAUUCUAAUCAUCAUCACACCAUUAAAAAAGAAGACUAUGUAGAUGACAAUGUACAAAAUAGCAACAGCAACAACUCUCAAAAUCAUCAAUCCAAAUCAUCAACCACAAAUAAUAAUAAUAAUAAUAAUAAGAAGAAGAAGAAGAAUAAUCCAUCACCAAAACAAGUACAAGUAAAAACAAAAGGAGAAGAACAAAAAAAAGAAGAGUUGGAACAAAAGAUUGAAGCUUUCGAAAAGCAAAAUGCAAAUCUCUUACUAUUGAAUGAUCAACAAAAACAAACUAUUCAACAACAAAAGGAUCAGAUAAAGAAAGAUGGUGACGAUAUCCAUGACUACCUCAUCCAACGAAAUGAGCACGUCAAAGAGAUAGAAUCAUUAAAAGAACAAACGACAGUGUUACAAUCACAAUUUAAAUCACUCGAAAAAGAGUAUCAACACUUACAAGGUGACAAUUUGGAAGCAUUGGACUAUAAAGAAUUACAAGUACUCGUAGAGACUAAUCAAAAGAGUCUCCCAAAACUAUACCAACAAUACAAUCAACAAUUGAUGAACAAGGUAGAGACUCUCCAAAAAGAGAAAAGAAAUUUGGAAGAACAAAAACUCUGCUCAAUCUGUCUUGAGAAUCCAAUCAAAGUUGUUCUUACACCAUGUGGUCAUAGUUGUUUAUGUCUACCUUGCUCAAAGAAAGCAAACUUAAAAAAUUGCCCCAUCUGUCGUCGACACAUUCAAUCUAACAUUGAAACUUUUUAA